AUGGCAGAUAUCAAAGAAUCGGGAAUGAAGGACCAAUGUCAAUCAAGUGAAAGUAAUACUGAAAUGUAUGCAUCUAAGAAAGAUUCAGCAAACAAGGGUACGACUGGACUAACGAAAAAAGGGGAGGAAAAGGACAAGAAGGCUACUGACCGACAAAUUCGAAUCGUUCUAAUUGGUAAGAGUGGGGUCGGGAAAAGUGCCACGGCAAAUACACUUGUGGGCAGAAAUCGAUUCAACGAGAAGGCAGGCAUAGAUAAAACAACUCUUAAAUGUCAAUGGGCAACAACUGCAAUCUGCAAUACAAAUACGUAUAGGAUAAUCGAAACACCUGGCUUCCUAGAUUACGAUAUAACGGAUCCAACAGUUCUAAAGGAAAUCGCAAUGUCCAUUCAGUAUGCGGCCCCUGGUCCACACGUCUUCCUUUUUGUAAUAAGGUAUGGCCAAUUCUCCGAGCAAGAUUGUGCUUAUAUUGAAUCUAUGAAGAAGCUAUAUGGCGACGAAUGUGCAAAAGAUCACGGAGUUAUUUUAUUUACCCACGGCGAUGACAUAAAAUAUAAGAUGAACAAUGAAUGGGAUAACAGUGGGAAGGUCGAGAAGCUAGAGUAUUUAAAAGAAUGUGAAAAAUGGUUGGAUGGCAGUUCUGAAGACACGUAUAUCAAAGAACUAUUUGAUGCAUGUUCGGGAAGAAUAUUUAUCAUUGACAACAGAUCUAAAGGUCGAAAGGCAGAAGCUUCUCGAUUUUAUGAGAAACUCCAAGAAUGGGGUCUUGCCAAGUCUUACUGUAGGGAUGUACAUCGCAUUGAAGAAAGCAUACAGCAGAUGAAAAUGGAUAUGGCAGUCGAAAUGGCGCUGGAGAAAAAUUGCCAAAAAGAAAAAGAAUCCGAACAGAUAUGUGAAAAUACAGUUCAUGAACAUGAAGAAUGGAAUGGAUAUGUAGAACCAUUCGAUCGCGUAUUGCAAAUUAUUAAAGAGGCUCUUCGUCAAGAUCAUACGUUAGUCAAUAUUUCGCAAAAUAACGAAACACGGGGAAGCGGAGUAGUUCGAAAUGUUGUUAUAGGAACUUCUGCAGCUGUUUUAGUCGGUGCAUCUGUGACGGCCUUUGGAGGAGGUUUGAUGCUUGCCGCUGCCUCCGCAGCUUCAGCUUCAGUGGCCGUUUUUGUAGCUCCUACGAUGAAAUCAAAAUUAUCAAAAGUAAGGUCGUAUUGUAAAAUUAUGUAA